AUGCUUACUCUCCGAUUAAGGCCCAAGCUGAAGGCAAGCCAAUCCAGCCCGUUUUUGCCUGAACCGGCAACUUUCAAAUCCAUCCGUCCGAGAACCAACAAAUUCGGCAUCCUCUUAUUGGUCGCGAUCGUUUUCUGGUUUUUCAACCCUUUCAGGUGGGUCACCUACCCAUUUGCUCCUCCAGCUCCACGCUAUCCAGCAGCAUACCCUUACACAUCAGAGCAUGUCAUCGAAACACCAUCUAAAUAUAUAUACCCUGUGGUGGAAGACGUGCCAAAGCUUAAGGAGCUUGGAGCGAAAAACCUUGUGAGACAAGUGAGAGUCCAGGACGCUGAGGUCCCUGAAUUGCAAAAAACGUUGUUGCAGUCGCUUAACGUGCUCGACGACAAGGAUCCUGUUGUUCAAAAGCAAAAAGAGGAAGCGGAGAACGCCAAACUGGAGGAAGCCAGAGUCAAGAAUGCCUUCAAGAAUCACGACAAAAAGGUGUUCAAGCCAAAGUCUUUGAAGAACUAUCCCAAGGCAGUCAUCGUGACAGCAAUCGACUUUGACCGUUAUUCCGUGGACGCCAUUACAAAAAUCAUCCAAAACAGAGUCGAUUACGGCUAUGCCCAAAAUUACGGUGUGUACGUCAGGUGGGUGCAAGAAUUUGUGCCGUUGAUGAACUCCUUGAACUUUUUGACCGAUAAAGAACGGUCAAAGUGGGUGCGUAUCUACUGUCUUCGAGCCGCCAUGUUUGCAUUUCCCCACGCCGAAUGGUUCUGGUAUUUCGACCAGGACGGUCUCGUCAUGAACCAAAAAGUUGACCUUAUAGAGUAUUUGGUCGACACCGAGUCCUUGAGAAAGAGCAUGCUAUUGGAGCAACCUGUCAUCCCGCCUGAUGGACUCAUCAAAACUUACAAAAACGUACAGCCAAACAGGGUCAGACUCAUUUUUACACAAUCCGAUAGAAAGAUUGAGUCUAACUCUUUUAUCGUCAAGAAUGACUUCUUGGGCAAGGGUCUACUAGAUACCUGGGGAGACCGCUUGUUCCUCAAUUACAACAAUUUCCCUUAUGGCCCAGAAUCGGCCAUUACACAUUUCUUGCAAUGGCAUCCCUUUGUCUUGAGCAGAACAGUCAUUGUACCUGCUAGAACCAUCAACUCCUUGCACAGCGAAAGCGCUUUAGAUGAUAAAGCACAGGAUCAAAUGCAUUACUAUUCCGGGGAUUUGGUGGCUCAAUGGUCUUCUUGUGAGACACCUCUCAAAUGUGAGGAGGUCCUCAACGGUUAUCACGCUUUGUUGAAAAAGGACGAGACCCAACCCAAAAAUUAG